AUGAAAAGAGGGGUGAUCUCUUUUCAAGGUUAUCAGAGACAAACCAUCGCCAACAACAAACCACCCUUUUUUGUAUUAUUAUUAUCUUUCAUUGUACUUCUACUAGUACAACUACCAACAUACAAUGCACAAAAUAUAGUAUCAUCAACAUAUCAUAUCAAAUCAAUAUCUGAUAUUACAAAUACUUAUUCAAUUCAAGUAGCUCUAUUUGAUAUAUUAUUCGAUGAAGUUUAA